AAUAGUAGUUAAAGAAUUUGAUAAAUAAGUUUUUAAACGGAUUUCACUACUGUAGUCCAAAUCUUUAAAUUCAACGCCUAGGAUUUCCAUGAUUUUAAGCAAAAUCAGGAAACACCCAUCUGCUUUUCUUCAUUUCAAUAGCUUCUCUACUUCUUUCAAACCUUCUUCUCCAUGCAUUAAUUCAUAUAAUGCCUCCAAACUCUUGAGCAGCCACUUGAAAGCUGGGAGAAUCGAAGAAGCAGAGAAAUUGUUCGGUCAAAUUCCCCAAAGAAACGUAGUUUUAUGGUCCAUUCUGAUUCACGGGUAUUCAAUAAAUGGGCAUCACAUGAAAUCCAUGGAAUCAUAUACGCAUAUGCGAAACUCGGGUUUAUUUCCAAAUUCUUUCACCGUUGUUGGUCUUCUUGUUGGCAUUCGGGACUUGCAAUUGGGGCAAUCGAUUCAUGGACUAAUUUUGAAAUGUGGAUUAGAUUUGGACUUAGUUGUAUGCACCGCAAUGCUUAAUGCUUAUGCGAAAUGCGGACAUAUAACCGAUUCAUAUAAAAUAUUUGAGGGACUGCAGAGCCCGGGUUUGGUUUCUUGCAAUGCUAUGAUUGCAGGCUUUGUAAACAACGAGCUGUUUGAAGAGGCUGUUUUACUGUUUAAGAAGCUAAGGAAGUGUGGUUUGGUUCCUAAUGUAGCUACUGCAUUAUCUAUCAUUCAGGGUGGUGUUGGUUUAGGCUUGAGAAAUGUAUGCAAAUCGAUCCAUGGUUUGGUAGUUAAGUUUGGUCUUGGUUCAGAUAUAAGAGUUAAUAAUUCGGUACUUGACAUGUACUCUUGUUUGAUGGAUUUGGAUGCUGCGACAACAAUUUUUGAUGGGAUGGAACUCAAAGAUGUCAUCAGUUGGACAACAAUGAUUGGUUUGUUGGUAAACCUUGAGUAUACAACUGAUGCUCUAGAGCUUUUCUGCAAAAUGAAGGAUAGUGGGGUCAGUUAUGAUGCUAUAGUUUUUAUGAAUCUUGUUUCAGCUUGUGCAAUCUUAGGAGAUCUGAGGAAAGGAAAACAAACCCAUGCUCAAGCUGUUGUUUGUGGAUUUGUAUCAGAGCUUCCACUUGUGAACUCAAUUAUGGCAAUGUAUUCUAAAUGUGGUGACGUAGAUUCUUCAAGAAUUUUGUUUGAUCAAUCAACUCAGAAGAGUUUAGUUUCAUGGGCAGCAAUAGUUUCAGGAUAUGUGCAAAAUGGUUUCUCAAGAGAGGCUCUUAAUCUCUUUAUUAAAUUUAGACUGGAAGAAUACUAUCUCCCAGAUUCAGUAAUGCUGAUGGGUGCUUUAACAGCUUCCUCUGAUAUGGCUGAUUUUGUGCUCUGCCAGCAGCUUCAUUGUUGUGCUUUUGAAGCUGGAUUCUCCUCUUAUAGAUUAGUUCAAAAUACUCUGAUAUCAGCAUAUUCAAAAUGCGGCAACAUGAAACUUGCUUACCUUGUCUUCAAGGAGAUGGGUUAUCUUAAAGAUGUAGUCUCUUGGAAUGCAAUUAUAAAUGGGUAUGGUAUCAAUGGCCAAGGAGAAACUGCCCUUGCUCUAUACCAUGAAAUGAGGGAAGGCAUGGAAGAUGCUGAUAGUGCUACUUAUUUGUCCAUAUUAAAUGCAUGUAGUCAUGCAAGACUGAUAAAUGAUGGCCUGAUGAUUUUCAAUAAGAUGGUGGAAGAUGAUAAAAUAAGGCCUAUCCAAGAACAUUAUGGCUGUAUCAUUGACUUGCUUGCACGAGCAGGCUGCUUAUCUGAUGCAAGCGGGAUUGUUAGUCAAAUAGGGAUUGGUCCUAAUGCCUGGAGGGCUUUGCUUAGUGGCUGCAUGCUUCAUGGUAAUGUGGAGGUAGCUGAAUUUGCAGCAAGGAAGGUUCUUGAACUGGAGCCAAGGGAAUCAGAUGAAGUUGUGCUCCUUUCUAAUGUUUAUGCAUCAGUCGGUAGGUUUCAGGAUGCGGAAGCAUUGAGAUUAGACAUGCAGAAGAAGGCAUUGAUUAAGAAUCCGGGAGUUAGCUUGCUCUGUAGGGUUCCAUAUGACAGAGGCUGAAGAUCCUUAAUUUCCAAAGCAUGGAGAAAAAUAACUCUACGUGGUAUCUGUCAAUGUGGAAAAAGUAUAACUUUGAGUCUGACUAUUAUUAAAUUUUUUAGCUUAUCUUAACAGAAAAUUUUCAAAACUCUGGUUAGAUCACCCAUGUUGAAUCAUGUAUGUUGGAGAGAAGAGUCUUGAUACUGGUACAGGUGGAAUUUGAUGGCUUUGCAGAUUCUUGCAGUAUGCGGUUUGUUAAAGAGUUGCUUCGUGCAGCAACCUCUGUACCAUUUUUGUUCAUGGCGGUGGGACAUAGGACAUGCCAAUUACGUAAAAUAUGGGCUCUGGACGAGGGCUAUCCUAGUCUUGGAAGAAUUUUGGUCAAACUUUUUAGUGCUUUAGUGAAGGAAUGGGGUUGGUAUCAAAUGAGCUUGAUGGUCUUCAAGAGGCAUAUGAGGAAAUUAAACACAGCAUGAACGUUGAUAUUCCAUAGAUGACAUAGGAAGAACACUUACCAAACAUGAUUCAGGAUAUGUGGGAAAAUUUUUCUGACGUUCCAAUUAUAUGUCAGUUGAAACAAGAUGCAGCUGCAAAGCUCUGACAGCAUGACCAGAUCACAAAGAUGUAUUACUGGCAUUCUCAAAAAUUGUUGGCAGAAAC